UGCGCGCAGCCGGCGGGAGUGUGUGCGCCCCGGGCGCGGGCUGGGCAGCUCUCGGAGCGGCGGGAGCAGGCGGCCGCGGCGUCACUCGGCCGGGAGAGGCGGCGGCGGCCGGGCCGGGGCCGGGGCCGGGGCCGGGGCUGGGGCAGCAGCGGCGGCGCCGGGCAUGGAGCUGGCAAGCCCGCGCUGAGGCGGGACGCGCCUGCGAGCCGCGAGCGAGGGGAGGCUCUCCGCUCCCCGACCGGGGCCGGGCAAACUUUUCUUUCUCUUUUGCCCUCUACAGAGGUAAAGUCCCGGACGCGGACUUCCCGGCUGCGGGAGGAAAGGACGCGGGGAGGAAGGAAAGAAGGAAGGAGAGAAGGCGCCUUCCUUCCGCGGCGGGCCGACCGACUCCUCGGCGCGGUAGGGCCGGGCAAACUGGACGCGGCAUGAUGCGCGCGGUGCGGGAGGCGCUGGCGGCGCUGGCGGCGGUGGCGUGCCUGGUGGGCGCGGUGCGCGGCGGACCCGGACUCAGCAUGUUCGCCGGCCAGGCGGCGCAGCCCGACCCCUGCUCGGACGAGAACGGCCACCCGCGCCGCUGCAUCCCGGACUUCGUGAACGCGGCUUUCGGCAAGGACGUGCGCGUGUCCAGCACCUGCGGCCGCCCCCCGGCGCGCUACUGCGUGGUGAGCGAGCGCGGCGAGGAGCGGCUGCGCUCCUGUCAGCUCUGCAACGCCUCGGACCCCAAGAAGGCGCACCCGCCCGCCUUCCUCACCGACCUCAACAACCCGCACAACCUGACGUGCUGGCAGUCCGAGAACUACCUGCAGUUCCCGCACAACGUCACGCUGACCUUGUCGCUCGGCAAGAAGUUCGAGGUGACCUACGUGAGCCUGCAGUUCUGCUCGCCCCGGCCCGAGUCCAUGGCCAUCUACAAGUCCAUGGACUACGGGCGCACCUGGGUGCCCUUCCAGUUCUACUCCACCCAGUGCCGCAAGAUGUACAACCGGCCGCACCGCGCGCCCAUCACCAAGCAGAACGAGCAGGAGGCGGUGUGCACCGACUCGCACACCGACAUGCGCCCGCUGUCGGGCGGCCUCAUCGCCUUCAGCACGCUGGAUGGGCGGCCCUCGGCGCACGACUUCGACAACUCACCGGUGCUGCAGGACUGGGUCACGGCCACCGACAUCCGCGUGGCCUUCAGCCGCCUGCACACGUUCGGCGACGAGAACGAAGACGACUCGGAGCUGGCCCGCGACUCGUACUUCUACGCCGUGUCCGACCUGCAGGUGGGCGGCCGCUGCAAGUGCAACGGCCACGCGGCCCGCUGCGUGCGGGACCGCGACGACAGCCUGGUGUGCGACUGCAGGCACAACACGGCCGGCCCCGAGUGCGACCGCUGCAAGCCCUUCCACUACGACCGGCCCUGGCAGCGCGCCACGGCCCGGGAGGCCAACGAGUGCGUGGCGUGUAACUGCAACCUGCACGCCAGGCGCUGCCGCUUCAACAUGGAGCUCUACAAGCUGUCGGGGCGCAAGAGUGGGGGCGUCUGUCUCAACUGCCGCCACAACACUGCAGGCCGCCACUGCCACUACUGCAAGGAGGGCUACUACCGAGACCUGGGCAAGCCCAUCACCCACAGGAAGGCCUGCAAAGCCUGUGAUUGCCACCCCGUGGGCGCCGCCGGCAAAACCUGCAACCAGACCACCGGCCAGUGUCCCUGCAAGGACGGCGUGACCGGCAUCACCUGCAACCGCUGUGCCAAGGGCUACCAGCAGAGCCGUUCUCCCAUAGCCCCUUGCAUAAAGAUCCCCGUGGCCCCACCAACCACCGUGGCCAGCAGCGUGGAGGAGCCAGAAGACUGUGAUUCCUACUGCAAGGCCUCCAAAGGGAAGCUGAAGAUCAACAUGAAAAAGUACUGCAAGAAGGACUAUGCCGUGCAGAUUCACAUCCUGAAAGCCGACAAGGCGGGAGACUGGUGGAGGUUCACGGUCAACAUCAUUUCCGUGUACAAGCAGGGCGCCAGCCGCAUCCGUCGCGGUGACCAGAGCCUGUGGAUCCGCUCGCGGGACAUCGCCUGCAAGUGCCCCAAAAUCAAGCCCCUCAAGAAGUACCUGCUGCUGGGCAACGCGGAGGACUCGCCCGACCAGAGCGGCAUCGUGGCUGACAAGAGCAGCCUGGUCAUCCAGUGGCGGGACACGUGGGCGCGGCGGCUGCGCAAGUUCCAGCAGCGGGAGAAGAAGGGCAAGUGCAAAAAGGCCUAGAGCCGAAGCAGCGGCGCCCAGGCCGGCGGAGGCGGCCGGCUGGCCGGACUGGGCCUGCGAGGGCUUCCCCGGAGGGCCAAGGGGGUGGGGCCGCAGCCAGCGCGGGGGCGGGGCCCUCGGAAGCCCCGCCCCCGCCGCCCCUCUCUCGCCCACCCCCCCACCCCACCCCCCAGCGCGCCCCUGGAGGGCGGGAGAUGCGCUCGUCGCCGGGUGUGCGCGGCGGGCCAGGCCCUGGAGAAAUGAGGACGAGACUUAGCUACCUCACGGGCUCCUUCAGAGCAGACACAACUCCCUAGGGCUAGGUGGGGUGGCCCGUGGAAAUGGGGCAGCCCCGAGCUGGGGCUGGUGAUGGCUUUGGCAACGACGUGAGGAGAACUGUGAAUGGGGAGGGGGGAGCUGAAGGAGCCUGGCCAAACCACCACCCCAAACACAAAAGACCGCAUAUCCCCUUCUAAACCCCUGCUCCUUCUUUGUCUAGGAAGUCCCACAGGCCCCCUGGCUGUGAGGACUUGGAUUCCUUUAGAAGGGACCCUGAAGCUUUGGGAGGGAAUGGGGAGCCUUUCGUCUCCACUGCCACCUGCUGGGUUGGUUCUCUGGGGUCUUGGGUGGGGCUGGGGAGGGGGUAGAGGAAGCCCCUGCCUUGGCUGCCCCUCUGUGCAGCUUGGGAGCGGGUGCUGACCCUGCACUCUGGCCUGUGUUCAGGGCAGUGGAUCCAAGGACACCCUUGAGAAGCCCACGCCCGGGUGGUCACUGCCUCAUGCUGGAGCUGCCAGUUGGAGGAGGCAUUCUGAAGGCAAAACCUCCCAGAGAGUUUCCUUUCUGGAAACUUGGAACCAGCCCCUUUUAUGACAUUUUCCAGGGGAGGGGUAAGGGGCACUGGCUGGGUUUGCAGCAGUGACACUAUUUGUGUAAUGACAUCAGCUCCCACAAGGCCCCUCAGUAGUGUCAGCAGCUGGGAAGGGCCCAGCUAAGCAUGGAAUGCAGGCUGAAGAGGCAGCUGGGCUGCACUGGGGGAAGGGGCUUGCUGGAGCCAGGGCAGGGUUUGCCAGUUCAGCCAGGUGCCAAAAAUGCACCAGCCAUGGCAGGCCCAGCAGCAAUGGCCAGGUUUCUGGGGGAGUUGAGGACACCUUGACCACUUUCGGUUGCUUUUCUCACUCCUGAGUCCCCAGAGUAGGGGGGUGGAGGCUCCUGGGCCAAGAUCCUACAGUAGGCCUCCUACCCCGAGUCCCUCCCGGGUUAGCCUGGGCAGCACCCGCCCCUUUCCUGCUGCCCCCUGCCCUUCGUGAAAGUGCCCCAUGUGUUUGUCCCCUCUGCCUUCUCACGGCCAGGCCCCCUUUCUAAAGCCAGAGAUGCAUUCCCCAGGCAGGAAGCCCAGGCCCUUCUGGUCUGAUUGCCUCACAUUCUUGUGGCCUGGGGCUUUCUGCCUCCUGAGCUUUCUGCCCUGCCCCAAGCCAUCACACCUGGCACACUGAAUUAGAGGCCUGGCUCCCUGCUCCAUCAGGAAAUUGGUUUCAUUUUCCCUGCCAGAGUUUGGCUACUUGGAAGGGUCACAUCGAGUAUGAAGCUUAGCCCAUGCUGGCUUCCCUCCCGCCUCCCAGCGCCCAUCCCCUACACCACCACCUAACCCUCACCACCACCGUUGUGGCUGCCACUGACUGAGCACCUGCUCCGUUCCAGACUCUACCCACAUGAUCUCACCCUAUCCUUCUGACAACCUCGUGGUGCAGGGAUCCUGAUCCCUUUCCCACAUGUGCCCCAAGUCCCUGAUUUCAACUUGAACCUGCCUUUAGACCCUGGGCCCAAACGCCUCUUGCCACAGAAGGUUUUGCAACCCACCCACCUGCUUGGUCCUCGCAGCAGGUUGCUGUGAGUGCCUCUGGGGGAACCCCCAUGGGGAUUCUGGCCUUGAUCGCUGCAGGUAGUCUGGAGAACAAUUGGGGACGGUGGUGAAGGGGACAUCUUCAGAGGUGCCAGGAACAGGGUGAUGCCGGAAGUCCCAAAUUCAAGGUGGGGAUGGGGUUGGGCAAGUCUUGGCUGAUCUUAAAGAGUAGUGACUGAAGGGGACUUGAGCCUGCCUAAGGGAGCUGGGAGGGGUUCCAGGAGAGGCCGGCAGAGAUGCCCUCAGGGCAGGGAGAAGACAGAAGUGCCCUGGGAACACAGGCACCUCGCCAGGCAGUCAGCCCUCCUCUGAUGCCCAGCAUGGCUUACCAGCACCAUCAGCAUCUGGAAGGUCGGGGCAUUUUACCUGCUCAGUCUUUGAAAGAUGGUUGGUCCCAUCACCUCUGUUUAUAGUGCUCUGGUUUCCCAGUGGGAGCCCCAAGAACUUCCCAGAGGAAUCUGUCUCACCCCAUGUCCAAUGAAAGGGCUUGUACUAUUGGGGUCCCCUCUCCCACCAACCCCCAGUUCUGCAGCCAGUGGUCUAUCAAGCACAGGCUUUAAAUUCAGCCAGAGUCCAGCCCUGCCCUCCUGCUCAGCACCCCCCAGGGCACAGGCCAGCCCCUGGAGAAUAUGUCACACCAGCCAGGUUGGGAUGAGGACACUGGUGGCACCUUGGGCAUCACAGGCUGCCGUCUCCAACUCAAGGUCCCAUCCAGGACCUGAUUCCAGCCAGCACCUUCCACAGUGAGGACCCAGCUUCCACUGUCACCCGGCUCCCUGGGAGGAGAUGGAAGGAACUGAGGAACUGAGGUGUUCUGGUUUGUCCAGUUAGGAAGGGAUGUAAAAUGGAACUAGAUUUUGAUUCUGAAGAGUGUUAUUAACCAGAAUUGUGCUAUGUAGGUAUUUAAAGAAAAACAUACCAGAUUAGUUUCAUUCAUUCAUUCAUUCUUUCUUUCUUUCUUUCAAGAUACCCCAAUUGUUCUUUUUUUCUUACCUGCUGGGUGGUCUGGUGCCCCUGCUUUACUGACACGCCGUGAAGCUAUAAAGACUGGGGGGGGGGGGGGGCGCAUGGCUGCCACCUAGACUUGCCUGCAAGGCGGAAGGCAUUGUUGUCCAGUUCCCACAGAUGGGUAAGAGGGACCCUUGACGUCUGCCAUUCAGGUCAGGGGGUGCGGGAAGCUACCCCAAGUCCCUUCCGCAAAUGAUCUCCUGAAACUAGCUCCAUAAACAGCACGCAGGAAAAAGGUGAAGAUUUCUUGGGUUUGCCCCCAGGCUGGAGUAAGGCUGAAAUCAAGGAGAUUCUAAGGCACUGGGAAAUGCCCCCCCCCCCACCUUGGAAAACUGAAGCUUAUGGGGGUCCCAGUCCUCCAGGGAGGCACCCCUCCUCCCAACAGAGGCUGGAGAUUAGAGGAACUCGACUCAUCUGUGGGGGUCAGUGGACCCUGCAUCAUGGCCACAGCCAUGCCAUACCCUAGGGGGGAUCACUUGUGAGGUCUCGCCCCCUGCCCGAGCCAACAAUCCCACUCGUGUGUGCUCAGACAUCUUUUCUGGUCCCCUGCUUCCAUACGCACUUCCCCACCCCUCCCUCCUCCCUCGGCCCCCUCCUGUGUUUCGGAGUUCUAUUCAUUCAGAAUUGUAGAUGUUUAGUUGUGACCAUGACAUAUUGUUUGGGUCAGUGUUCCUUUCCAAUGCAUACUAAUAUAUUACGGUUAUUAUAUAUGAAUAUAUUUAAUGACGUGGAAAAAAGUUGUGGAUUUUUUUUAAAGUUUUUUUUUUUUUUUUUUUGGUUAGAGUUUGUAAUGGACCCAGAUGGAAUUUGUAACGUGGGUGCCACAUGAUAGAACUAAAUUCAGAUAUCAAUUAAAUAAACUCUUGGACACUG